UUUUGAUCCGGCGAACGUGCGCGCACACGUGUACCUCCGUGAGUGAGCGAUACAGACAAGCACUCAUUCACAUACGCACGCGGACACAGAUACACACACACAUGGACACUCGUGUAAGGCAUCUGUGAAGUCUAAAAAUGUCACGCUGAUAUUUAAACGAGUGCCACGCUUGACUUAAAAGUUUUCACGCUGAAUACACUGAAUUGGACUUUUUGCGAAGUCAAACUUAACGAACUGUCACGCUAACCUGAAGUAACUGUCACGCUGAACAAAAGAAACUGUCACGCUUAACUGAAACAACUGUCACGCUGGACAUACCCAAGGAAUUUGAGCACAAGGAUAUGACAUUAGAUGAACAAGCACGCACAAGAAGGCGUGGCCCUGACUCACGCAAGCUCCGCCUUGUCAUGCGUAGGAAAAACAGUAGUGACAGCCAGCAAAGUGAAGACACGCCCCCUCCAUGCGCCGGUCUACCGAGCACGCCAGCCAGCCCGUCCCACAGCUCUGUGUCCAGGGUCCCGUCCCACAGCUCUGUGUCCAGGGUCCCGUCCUUCAGGAGCGACUGCCCAGCCCAGCCAAGUGAUGAGGGCAACAUCACAGACGGCGUGUCACGUGCUCUAGGACCGAGACGGUGCUCCAUGCCAAACGUCGUAGAGAACUUUCUCACGGUGCCGGAUGAGUCAGCGCGUCUGCGGAGAGUCCGAUCGUUUAAGACAACGUCCAAGGGAGCGGUGGUCAACAGAGGGGACUCCUUCAAGAAAAAAAGCACCCACAGCCUCAUGUCCACAGGCAGCGCCAUCACUGACGCCCGACCCCAGCAGCUACACCACAGGGCGUACACCUCAGGGGUGGCAAGCACCCCCACCUAUUAUAGAGUCAUAAUGAUGGGCGCAGCAGGAUGCGGAAAAUCUUUAAUGACGAAACAGUUUAUGACGUCAGAUUACGUUGGCAGUGGAGACGAUCACCAGGAAACGCACGAAAAUACAGUAUCGGUCCUGCUAGAUGGAGAGGAAUCGACUAUUGAAUUUAUCGAUCCGUUGGACAGAAAUGUUAUAGGUGACGGUAUGCAACAGUUGCUGGAUGCUUAUGUCGUUGUUUUUGCCAUCAACGAUUCCUCAACGUUCGAGACAGCCCAGAACCUGGUCCGGUAUUUGCGUGUGGACCACGGAACAGACAGGGCCAUAGUCCUUGUGGCCAACAAAAUUGAUCUCGUCCGAAAAAGGAAGGUCAGCGCAGAAGCGGCCAGACUAGUGGCAGAAACCUACGACUGUAAGUACGCGGAGGUCUCGGCCAGCCUGAAUCAUCAUCUGGACGAGCUGCUGGUCGGGAUAUUAACACAGAUCCGCCUACACAUGCGGAUACCCUUCACUACCAUUUCUUUUCCCGGUAAAGAGCCGCGGGCUGAGAAGACACGCCCAGUUAAAGGCCCUCGGAGCUUCUUCAUGAGGCUAUUUCGUCGGUACGGCCGGAAGUCGGAGAGGCCCUGCGAAAAUCUGCAUGUCUUGUAGACGUGACAGACUAGGGUAAUCCAAGACCGUCAUGAUCAAAGUUAACCGGCAAGUUUCUUGGAAAACUUAUCAAAGUUAACCGGCAAGUUUCUUGGCAAAACUUAUCAAAGUUAACCGGCAAGUUUCUUGGCAAAACUUAUCAAAGUUAACCGGCAAGUUUCUUGGCAAAACUUAUCAAAGGAAACCAGCAAACAUCGAGAUAAAACUAAAAUUAAACAGCUAGUCUAAGGAAACAACAUGCUCAAUGUUUGAGAAAAAAUCCUAGGAAUGAGCCAUAACAUUAAUGUUAGAUAUUUUAAUACUAAAUAUUCAGAUUAUGAUUUAUUUUAAUUUUCCCUAAAAAUUAUUAAAUGUCUGGAAUAAUGUGCGUAAUAUGGUAAAAUGUUUCAUAUGAGUAAUAAGCAAAUUAUGAUAUAUGUACACACAUGCACAAGGAAUUUCAGUCGAGUUCAAUAAAAUAUCAGAAACACCUCAUUGACAAAUAUGCAAUUCCGGAUUCCUAGUUAUUAAUUUUAGAAUGAAUCAUAUUAUUUGAAGAAUACAUAAUUUAGAAGCCAUAUAAAAAUAAUUAAAUUAUUGAUUAAAAUUUUUUAAUCUUUUGAAAAAAUAAAAUAUACUGUUUAUG